UAGCUCCCAUGCAUACGAGCAAUGUGCAAUUCGUGAAAGGUGCGAAAUUCCUUGCGAGAUCGACUAUCCUGCUCUUCAACUCUUUCAGAACCUGGAUGCAUUAAGCAAACAUUUUUUGAGUGAGAACAUAGUGCCAGCCAAUGAUAUCAACAUUUUAAUUGAAACCACUUAUAGCGCACUUCAGCGCAAUCUAGAUACAGAGAAGAAAGGCACGGUAAGAUGCCUGUUACAGCUAUGCUUCGAGGAAAAAUGAGCAAAUCUACUAAAAUUAAGAUCACCGAGUUGAACCGCCAUCUCACCUGUUUUCUCUGUGCUGGAUACUUCAUCGAUGCCACAACCAUAAUAGAAUGCCUUCACUCUUUUUGUCGCACAUGCAUCGUGCCGUUUCUACAGAAGACCAACCAAUGUCCGAUGUGUGACGUACAGGUGCACAAAACACGGCCUCUCUUAAACAUAAGAGCCGACAAAACAUUACAGUCUCUAGUCUACAAAUUGGUUCCCGGACUGCUAAAAAAUGAGAUGUGCCGGCGGCGAGAGUAUUUUUCUCUCAAUCCAGAUGCAAGGAGAUCGCUGCCGCCUAAUGCCCGAGAGGAGCGAGGAGAACUUGGUUUAGAAUCUCUGUUUAUAUACACGGAUGAUGAGGACAUCAGCCUGUCAAUGGAGUAUCGUCUGCCGCGCGUGGCACCGCCGCAUCCACCGCCACCGCUUAACGAAAAACCGGAAGAUGAUGAAGAGAAGCCAGAAGACGAAUCGGAGAGAAAACGGCGACACAGCAAUACAAAUGGAAUAGGAGAAGGAGAGCUCGUGGACCUUCGUUAUCUUCGCUGCGCAGCCGCAGUGACAAUCAAACAUCUCAAGAAAUUUGUUCGUAGUAAAUUCGGCUUGGAUUCCAGUUACCAAAUCGAUGUGUUUUAUAAGAAUUCCGAAGAGGAAGUGUUGUUUGAGGAUUAUUCUCUUAUGGACAUCGCGUAUAUAUUUUCAUGGAGAAGGACAGGGCCAUUGGCGUUAGUGUAUAGGAUAUACGAACCAAACCGAAAGAGACGCAAAUUAGCGAAAGGGAAAUCAUCAGUAAAUAUAAAAAAGACACUUUCCAAGGAAUCGUCUAAUGUUUUUGAAAAAACAGCGGUCGAUGAUAAGAAAAAAGACACGAACAACUCAAACGGCGGGACGAGUAUGACGCCCUCUAUCGGGAACACAGGCGUAGCUGUUUCAACGUGAAGUGAUGCAUUUCCCAGAAAACAUCCGACGCUAGUUAUCUAUCACAGGCUACCUCUGUACCUAUAUACAUGCUUUCAAUAUGGUGUGAUGAUUUUUUGGGGAAAAACACGAAUGUUUUAAACUUGAAAUUGUUUGGCUUGGAUUCGUUUACCACCAAUUUGCCCAUCAAUGUGAAGACUAUUGUAUUGUAUGUCGUGAUUUUGAAAGCCUCCUAUUAUUUUAACAACGUUUACCGAUUAUGGUUUACGAUUUUAUUUAGAAUAAUCCACUGGAACACAGAAACGCUUCAACGUCAAUCCAUCUUGGAGGAGGUUCACUAUACAUCAGCUUCACUUGGCACCAUAGCGCUUUUCACGUUUAUCCUCAUAUAAGUUACCGUAUUAGUAUUACUAUGGAAUAUAUUCGUAAGCUCCUAAACCAUUGUAAUAAGUAAGUGUUUAUCAGAGCAGCUUGAAUAUGUUCGAUGAAACAUUUUUUAUAGGUAUGAUAAGGAUACCUUAUAGAAAAUAAUUAUAUAAAGUACACUUACAAGUUGCUUAAAACAAUUAGAUACAGUGUAACAGUGCACUUACAAGUUGCUGAAAACAUAAGUUAUUGUACAGUAUAGUGAAAAAUAGUGAUACCUGACUAUAUUACCUUGCCUCGGUAUUAAUGACCAAAAUGUUUAGAAGCUUUUCAAAUUUUUGAUAAUUAUUGUAAACCGACUGUUGUUUUACGUUUAUAUAGGUUCGUCUAAACGCGAAUGAAUUAAUAAAGCAUUCGUGCACGUUUCGUGAA